UCCGAGCCUGACAAGCAUCUUCUCCAUUCGUUGCUUCUUGGUUUGAGAGACUGACACUUCCCAUAUUCAAACGUAUAUCUAUCUAUACACGUACCGACAGUAAGACUACGACAACCUCAAUCGACAUCCACUCCUUCCUCUUUCCACCAUGAGUCACCAAGCCAAUGUACUGAAAGGCACGCACGUGAACGUCGCCAUGAUGACUUCCGGAGGCCUCGCGCCCUGCCUGUCGUCCAGUAUUGCGCAACUCGCGCGCUGCUGGGUCCAGUCCUACCGCGAAGGAACCAUCUCCGGUCUUACGCUCCGCAUGUACCUUGGCGGGUACAAAGGAAUGGUUACGGGAGAUUCCAUCGUCAUUCCCGAACAUCAAUGGGAUUCACUCGACUCUCUGAAUACGGUGGGAGGAUCGCCCAUUGGAAAUUCGCGCGUCAAGCUGACGAACGUUGCCGACUGCAUUAAGAAGGGAUACGUCCAACACGGCAGCACGCCCUUGGAAGUAGCUUCGCAGCAGCUCAUCAAGGACCAAGUCCACGUCGUUCAUACGAUUGGCGGAGACGACACCAACACACAAGCUGCUACCCUUUCCGACUACCUGUUGGAAAAGCACAAUGGCAAAGUCGCCGUCAUCGGUAUGCCCAAGACCAUCGACAACGAUGUUUAUCCUAUUGUCCAGACCUUCGGAGCCGACACAGCUGCCGUACAGGGGGCACGAUUUUUCGAGAACGUUGUCAAUGAAUGCACUGCCAAUCCUCGCAUGCUUAUUCUCCACGAGUGUAUGGGACGCGAUUCGGGAUACCUUACGGCCGCUACGGCACAGAAGUACCGCGACAUUCUCAAUGCCCAAGACUUGCCCGUCGGCUCGGACUUGCCCUUCCACCGCAAGUCUGCCCGCGAUAUUCACGCCAUUUGGAUUCCCGAACUCAAGCUAGACUUGGUCGCCGAGUCGGCGCGUUUGAAGAAAGUCAUGGACGAAGUCGGUUGCGUCAACAUCUUUUUCGGCGAGGGCACGGGCGUGCAGGAAAUCGUCGCGGACAUGGAGGCCAACGGUGAAGCCGUGCCGCGCGAUGCCUUUGGACACGUCACGUUGGCUAAAAUCAAUCCCGGACAGUACUUCUCCCAACACUUGGCGGACAAUAUUGGUGCCGAAAAGACCAUUGUGCAAAAGUCGGGAUACUUUGCCCGUUCCGCCGCGGCCAACGAUUUCGAUCGCCAACUCAUCGGGGCCUGUGCCGAGGCUGGCGUCGCCGCCGCUAUUGACGGACAUUCCGGAUGCAUGGGACAGGAUGAAGACAAACCCAACACGCCCAUUCGAGCGAUUGAAUUCAGUCGCAUCAAGGGUGGCAAACCCUUUGAUAUUUCUCAGGAAUGGUUCCAACAAAUGCUCAAGGAAAUUGGACAAGUGUAAAAAGGCGUGUAUUCAUCUUGCCCCGCUCCUUGAUUGGACAUGGUGGUCAACUCGUUGAAAAAUAUCUUCUAUAUUCAGAGACUUUGCCGUGUAAACAGUCGUUUCCGUACGUGAUCCUUUCUUCCUUUAGCUUUACUAAACGUCCGUAGGUAAAAAAAAGUUGUAGGUGCUGA